AUGAAAAUUCACGACGAACAUGCAGCACAACACCCGAACAGUGUGGGCACAUUCCACCAAAAAAAAAACGAUUUUAUUAUCGUUGGCGGACGUCCAAAUGAGUAUCGAUUCACUGUGAUGCUCAUCUUGGGAUUAAAGGGUCCUCCGUGGAAAAGUGUUCAAGAACACGGUAUGCGGAUAACUCCUGUCCUUGGCUUACGUCGAAUCAUCAACAGUGCCUACCAUCCAUUUCAGACUAUUCCAAAGCCGGACCGAUGGCAUACUCGGGAGCGUCUCAGUCGUUUCACAGCUGUAUGCGGAUAA